CAUUUCAUAUGCCUACCUAACUUCAAAAUUCUCACACCCCACCCCUCUGUUUUUCGCUGCAUUUCCUUCUAUCCUUUUCUUAAUUCAAUCUUCAUGGCUCCUCUCAUCUUCCUAAUCCUUCUUUUCCUAAUGAUUUCUUCAAGCAUUGCUCAGGGUCCCCCCUCACCUGGCUAUAACCCUAGUUUUAAAAUUAGCACUCUAGGGUUUGAUCAGGGUUUUAGAACCCUUUGGGGUCCUCAACAUCAAAAUUUAGACCAUGGUACUUUAACACUCUGGCUUGACAGUAGCUCAGGAAGUGGGUUCAAGUCACUUCAUCCGUACCGUUCUGGAUAUUUUGGUGCAGCCGUUAAGCUCCAACCUGGUUACACUGCUGGAGUAAUUACUUCAUUCUAUCUCUCCAACAACGAAGAACAUCCGGGCAACCACGAUGAAAUCGAUAUUGAGUUCCUUGGUACAACUCCUGAUAAGCCCUAUACUCUGCAAACCAAUGUCUACAUUAGAGGAAGUGGAGAUGGAAACAUCAUUGGAAGAGAGAAGAGAUUUCAUCUCUGGUUUGAUCCAACACAGGACUUUCACAACUACGCUAUAUUAUGGAACCCUACUGAGAUCAUAUUCCUGGUGGAUGAUGUGCCCAUAAGAAGGUACCAGGGAGACAGUGAUGCCACAUUUCCAUUGAGGCCGAUGUGGGCAUAUGGAUCUAUAUGGGAUGCAUCAUCAUGGGCCACAGAGGAUGGAAAAUACAAAGCCGACUACAAGUACCAACCAUUUAUUGGCAAGUACAACAAUUUCAAGCUUGGUGGGUGUAAAUCCGAUAGCCCUACGUUAUGCCGACCGCCCUCCGCCUCACCGUUCGGCUCAUCGGGGCUGAGUCAGCAGCAGUACUCGGCCAUGGAGUGGGUGCAGCGGAACUACUUGGUCUAUGACUAUUGCCAUGAUCCAAAGAGAGACCAUACACAAACACCCGAAUGCUGAGAUUAGCUCGGCUUUUGCUUAAGCCUGUAAGGAGCCAUUCUUUUUUACCUGUAGAUCAUGAGCACAAAGUGAAAAAUGUGCACAUGUGUUACGAAGAAUGGCUCCUUCUGGCUGCAUAUGGUACUACACAAGUUAAUUGAAUUGUUUUCGUUUUCAGUUAUAAACAGUUGGCUUGGAAAUUGUUGGAGGGCCUCCCGUGAGAUGGAUCCCACCUUGUGAAAGAGUAGUUGAGCGUCCAAGGCCCUCUGAAUUUGGAGUAUUGCAUGAAUGUACCAAAAUAUUUAUCUGUUAGUGAAAGCAUUAUUCUGUUUUUA